AUGGACAACAUCCCACAAGAGACAUUCUGUCUGAUAUUGCGAUGGACCAUUCAGAGGCCAGACCCGGACAUGUCGUCGUUUAACCUCCUAAUCGAGCGUCCGAGGUUCGCACCCCCACCUGGCUUCUAUAGAUGGCUCCCCCUACGCCUCGUUUCCCGCCACUGGAACGAGACUAUCGCCUCCGAAAAGCAUCUCUGGAGCACUGUCAUCGCACGCGGGCCCCAUGCGCGAGAGUGGUUGAUGGUUUGUCUUGUCCACUCGGACAGAGUUCCCAUCGAUGUCAUCCUUCAGCUCAACCUCGGGCACGAUCACCAAGACAUGGGCAAAAAAUGGUCUCUUUUCGUUGCAAUCCUUCCCCACUCACUCCGUCUCCGAUCCCUUGCCGUGAAUCCUCUCAACAAGGCAGAUCGCAUUCAUCUCAAUGACUUCUUCCUAUCAACGACGUUUCCCGCUUUGACGACACUCGUCUUCGUGUCAGACACCCCCACCAAGGAGCCGUGGUACACCUCACCAGUCACAUUCGAGCAGCACAAUGCCCCCGCUCUCACGACGAUCUCGGUCUUUGCGCGCUGGCAGGUCCCACGUCCAAUGGUCUUUGCGCGCCUGAAGCGCGUCUCGCUCGCCAGCGGGUUGACAGUCUUGCCGAUGCACGUCCUCGGCUCCUCCAUGCCGCGCCGCAGCUCGAAGAGUUCCGCGUCGACAGAGGUCCGUGUCGAAUGCGUGGGCUGCGAGGCCGCUGACGUGUUCGACUAUCUUCCCGACACGCUCGCAGACUCGAUCCCCGUCCUCCCCUCGCUCGUCGGGCUGCGCGUCACCGCCGAUGCGCGCUCGUUCGGCUUCGAAGGCUGGACCGCGGGCGAGACGCACCGCGUCAUCGUCCACUGCGACAUAGCAACUUGUGACGUGGUCUCGGAAGACGUUCUCGAUGGCCUGGGACGGUUCGUCGACAUCAUACGCUGCCCAGACGGUCCCUCCACUCUCGAGCUCGACGGGAUCAGCGGCUCAUUAUUCACGGAGCGGGCGGAGUGGGCGGCGCUUCUCCAAUGCUUUCCCAAGCUCACGCGACUGUCGAUCGCGAACACCGUUUCAUCCUGGCUGUCCGACUUCACCCUCCGCGACACCGCCCGUGGCUCGUCCUCGUCCUGA